ACUUGCGAGGUGCACAGGCCCUGGUUCUAAGCUGUGGAUGUGGGACUGUACAAGCUGAAGUCCCUGCACUUACCUCUCAGCCAAGCCGACUAGAAUACCCUGCCAGCCUGUACUGUCGCUCUCUCUCUCUCUCUCUCUCUCUCCUUCCCUCCUAGAGUUGGAGCGCUGAGAUUUGGAAAGUGCGCCUCAGACCCACUUUUGGUCAGCCUGAAGACUGUACAGAGACGGUUUUCCACUCCUCUCCCUUCCCUUUCGAUCCCACUCUCAGUCACUCUCUCACUGCAGAAGCACAUGGACUACAUUUUCUCCAGAGAGACAGAGAAAGAAGCAAAACAAAAAUAACAUUUGUUCCACCUGCCAUUGGUGAAAAUAUUAAAAUUGUUCUGUUUUUGGACAAACUCGGACCGGCUUUAAAACCAGCGGCAUUGCAACGUUUAUUUAUAUUUUUAUUCUCUUUCGUUCCUUUGAAAUUGACUGAUCUGAUACCAUCCUAAUUUCUCUGGGAGACAUGCGUGGCUGAAGGAGAAGAGGAGCCAGAGACCAACCUGAAAUUAACACCUCGUUGACACCCUCUCACAUCCCGUUCCUCCAUCUACCAUUCAUCGCUUGGAGGAGAGAAAAAAAAGUUGCUAGCAGCUAAACCUAGAGCCGGGGAGUCAGAUGACCAUGCUGUUGGCUCCUGUCUGUGUGCUGCUGCUGCUGGGGGGCCGUGUCCUUGGAGGAGGCUACCCCCCCAUGCCCCAGAUGAAGUACAUGCAGCCCAUGAUGAAGGGCCCUGUGGGACCUCCCUUCCGAGAGGGCAAGGGACAGUACCUCGACAUGCCACCCAUGAUGGACGUAAAGGGCGAGCCAGGGCCCCAAGGAAAACCUGGACCUAGAGGCCCAACUGGGCCCUCGGGACUUCCGGGAAAACCAGGGCUGGGGAAACCAGGUCUCAAUGGCCAGCCUGGCCUUCAGGGGCCUCCAGGCUUUCCGGGCAUUGGGAAGCCAGGACUUCCGGGUCUCCCAGGAAAAGGGGGAAUUAAGGGGAUGCCUGGGAAUAAUGGCGAGGUUGGACUCCGGGGUGAACCAGGUCCCAGAGGACUUCCAGGUCAACCAGGUCUCCCCGGCCCAGCUGGCCUGUCUCUUAAUGGCAAACCUGGCCUUCCAGGUGGGAGUGGCCAACCUGGGCCUCGUGGAGAACCAGGACAGAAAGGUGGGCCUGGAAAUCCUGGGGAGCGUGGACUCAAGGGAGAGAAUGGCAAUGGGAAUCCUGGAUUGCCAGGAACCAGGGGCCCCAAUGGGCUCAGGGGCCCCCCAGGGCCAGCUGGUAAUCAGGGCAUGGGAAAACCAGGACUUGACGGGCUUCCUGGUCCUUCUGGGCCUAAAGGGGACCAGGGGCUCCCAGGAGGAAUAGGAGAGCCAGGGAAGGCUGGAGGUCCAGGGCUGCAAGGCCAGCCAGGAUCCGUUGGAUUGGGCAAGCCUGGUAAUGAUGGAUUGCCUGGAGGACCCGGUCCACUUGGGCCUAAAGGUGAGCCAGGACAGAGGGGUUCUCCAGGGUUUCCUGGAGGUCCUGGCUACGGCAAACCUGGUCUACCAGGGACAAAGGGAGACAAGGGCCUUUUCGGGGGACCAGGCGUCCCUGGAGAUAAGGGAGAGCCUGGGAUGGCGGGACAGCCAGGAGACAUGGGCCCAGAUGGACAACCAGGACCACCAGGAAUACAGGGCCCCAUGGGGCUUUCAGGAAAACACGGCAUGCCCGGCCUGAAGGGAGAGUUGGGUCCACAGGGGCAUCCAGGUCUGCCAGGGAUCAGAGGGGACCAGGGUCCUGGUGGUAUGUCUGGAAAACCAGGCAUUUCUGGAGACAAAGGGCUCCCGGGCCCUAACGGGGCUAUCGGAAAACCUGGGCCCAAAGGCGAGGCAGGGCACAUAGGCCUGCCAGGAAACCCAGGUCUUUUAGGCAAUCCUGGACCAAAAGGGGAGCUUGGGUUUGUUGGGUCUCCAGGACCAAGAGGCCAGUCUGGAAUCCCCGGUCUGCAGGGGCCUUCAGGGCCAAUGGGGCCACAGGGUAUCCCAGGUCUGAAGGGCGAACCUGGGCUGCCGGGUCUUCCAGGUCUGGGCAAGCUCGGAGAAAAAGGAGUUCCAGGUCCCCAAGGUCCCCCAGGAAAGCCAGGCAACUCUGGACUCAACGGCAACCCCGGUCCUCCAGGGCCACCUGGGCCCCCUGGCCCUGCAGGAAACGGACAAACCGGGGUGGCUGGGCUAACAGAUUCAGGGCUGGGUGGGGACGAGGUACCAGACGGGAGGAACGGAAAACCACAGUUUGGCCGUGCAGAUCUCUCCGCCACCCUGGCACCUGCUUUUACCGCCAUCCUCACCACAGCCUUCCCUCCCUCUGGGACGCCCAUCAAGUUCGACAGGACCCUGUACAACGGGCAGAAUGCCUACAACCCUGCCACCGGUAUCUUCACCAGCCCCAUGUCUGGCGUCUACUACUUUGCCUACCACGUGCACGUAAAGGGAUUCAGUCUGUGGGUGGCACUGUACAAGAACUAUGUUCCAGCCACAUAUACCUACGACGAGUACAAGAAGGGCUACAUGGACCAGGCGUCCGGUAGUGCCGUCCUUGAGCUGAAGGAGAACGACCAGGUGUGGAUGCAGAUGCCCUCGGAUCAGGCUAACGGGCUCUACUCCACCGAAUACAUCCACUCGUCCUUCUCAGGGUUCCUGCUCUGUCCCACAUAAUGGCCUGCUAGUCAACUAUCACCUAGGGUGCCUUCUGAUGUCCCUGUAUCAAAACACCGGCAGCCAGAAUAACACCACCUGUAUAAUGUUAUCAUCAACAACAUCAACAACGACAGGAAAAGACGUUGUGAACGGAAGAUGGAGAAUUAAAAAGCAGGAGAAGGAUACUUCAUGCUGUGCUCUGUUUUUAUCUCUUUCUUUAAAAUGUCAGUUUUUUUAUUUUUACGUGUUUGUUUUUUUAGCUUAUAUUAUUAUAAUUAUUAUUAUUAUUGUCAUAAUUGUUAUUAUUAUUAUUUUGUCAUCGUUGUCUGUAUUGUUGUUGUUUAUUGGAUUCGGACUAUUAAGUGCCUUACUUUGUCUAAGUAACAGUUAUUAUGCUGCGUUCAUAACUAUUUGGGAAGGUGGUAAAUACCAUUUGGAUGCAAUCACGUUCUUUGAACUCAUUGAGAAACGGCGAUUGGCUAACAGCUAUCGUGCUUGUAAAAUAUUAUAGUGUUUAAAACCAUAUUAAUAGCUUGCUUUUUAUAAAUAAUGUUUUGUUGUUGCAUUUAACUGUCAUAAAUACUGUUAUAAUUUCCUUAGUAGGUGACGUUGGAAGUCAGCAUGUGGGAGAAGUCGGAGCUCAGCGAUGAUAGACGAGUUUCCCACUAGUAAUUACCAGUUAGAGGAGCGUUAAAGUGUUUUUUUUCCCCCAGUCGUGUGUGGUAAAUACCACCUUCCCACUUGGUUAUGAACGUAGCAUUCGACCUACCCAUGUGACUGCACAUCCUACCCAAAUGCUCUGACAUCAGUAGGAUUAAAUCGUCAGAACCUGGGGCUCUGAUUGGUUCCCCUGGCUGCAGUCACUUCCUGCACAAAAAACUCCCAUUUCCUUCUGUGUGCGCGUCCUUCCUAUUUAAAUCAAUAUUUCACAUAAAGAUGUACCAUUACACAUACAGUAUGAAGAGUAUAUUCAAUAAACAAUUCCUUACGUGAAAUAAUAUCCAAUACUUUUCACUUUACUUUAAAAAAAUGUUUUUUAAAUACCUGUUAUAGGGAUCGAUGGAUCAUUGUUUAUCAGUACGCUCUGAUGUUUUGACAGUCAACUUCUAGUUGUCUGUUGGGUGCUAAUUUUCUGGUUCUAUGAGAGGCCGGUGCUGAAAGCAAUGCUGGUCAUUCUAGAAGGUGACGGUUUUGGAUCAUGGCUAUGACUUGACCAAUAAGAAGUCAUUGCUGGUCAUUCUAGAAGGUGACGGUUUUGGAUCAUGGCUAUGACUUGACCAAUAAGAAGUCAUUGCUGGUCAUUCUAGAAGGUGACGGUUUUGGAUCCUGGCUAUGACUUGACCAAUAAGAAGUCAUUGCUGGUCAUUCUAGAAGGUGACGGUUUUGGAUCAUGGCUAUGACUUGACCAAUAAGAAGUCAUUGCUGGUCAUUCUAGAAGGUGACGGUUUUGGAUCCUGGCUAUGACUUGACCAAUAAGAAGUCAUUGCUCUAUCCAACUUGUGUAAGAUCCACACAAAGCAGGGGACACAUAGAGACAGCAGUAUUAAACAUCCAAGAGUAACCAUGCUUUCCCCCGUUUCCUCUUCUUUGACAAAGCAUCAAUAGUAACCAGUAACCUAAAGAAUUAUAAAUACUGUAUAUAGAACACAUUAAAUA